CUGACAACCGUCAGACUCUGCCUUCUGCCACAAUCUCUGCCAUGCUCCGCAAAACGCCCACGGGCACCUGGUUACCCGCCUGGGUUCCAGAAUCCACGGUUACAAUCUCGGUUCUUCUUAUGUUGUGUUCCAUUGUCCAGUCUGCAACGGGUGGAUUUGACGGGAGCUUGCUCAAUGGACUCAACAUCUUGCCGUCAUAUACCAACUACUUCCGCCUAACGCCCGCGACGAAGGGCCUAAACACUGCGUCUGUGUUCAUCGGAGGCUUCUUUGGCCCGAUGAUUGCGGGCCCAAUGAGCGACAGGCUUGGUCGGCGGCCAACAAUGUUUUGGGGCUCUCUCAUCGUUCUCGUGGGCAUCGUUCUCCAGUCUGCGGCCCAGAAUGUGGCCAUGUUCGUGGUGGCCAGAGUCAUCCUUGGGUUUGGAUCCGGGAUUUCGGGCGUUGCGUCAUCGGUAUAUCUUAGUGAGACAAGCCCGAGUAGAUGGCGAGCAUGGACUGUCGGGUUGUUGAACAACUUUUACUACAUAGGGGCCCUCAUCGCCGCCGGGGUGACGUUGGGGACGGGAAAGUGGGACUCAACCUGGGCAUGGAGAGCUCCAUCAUUCAUGCAGGCAAUAUUUUCCAUCAUAUGCAUCGUUAUACUGCCGCUGGUCCCCGAAUCCCCGAGAUGGCUCGUUCGGCAGGAUCGCUUCGAAGACGCACGCCUGGUCGUGGCGCAGACGAAUGCCAACAGCGACCUCACCGACCCGGUCGUCAUGGCUGUGUACAAGGAGAUCAUCGACUCCCUCGAGUGGGAGAAGAAGGAUGGCCGCACUCUGGGCAUGAAAGAACUCAUCAAGUCGCCGACUGCGAGAAAGCGAGUGCUAAUUGGAGGAUCUGCUGGCCCGUUUUCAUGCAUUGCUGGAAACAUCAUCGCGUCUUAUUACCUUGGCCAGGAGCUCGACACUGCUGGCAUUACAGACUCGGACGACCAGCUCAAAGCUAAUGUUGUCCUCAACGUGUGGUGCCUCUUCUGUUGCCUCGCGGGGACCCAGCUGGCUGCAUCUUGGGGGCGAAAGCCAACCGCGCUGUUGUCGCAGGGACUUCUCAUCAUAUGCCUCUUCAUCAUUGGCGGGCUUAGCAAGAUCUACAGCGAGAACCCCGAAGGCACCUCUAAGUCCCUUAUAUACGGAGAUGUCGCCGUCAUCUUUCUGUUUCAAGGCUUUUAUUCCAUUGCCUGGACGCCCCUACUCACGCUUUAUCCACCCGAAGUGAUGGACUACCCCAUUCGGGCUAAUGGCGUGGCAUUCUCUCAGUACACUCUGAAUGGCCUUGCUUGUCUUUUGGUCUUUAUCAUGCCCAUUGCUCUGACAAACAUCGGGUGGAAGACAUACAUGAUCAACGGUAGCUGGGAUAUCAUCACCUUCAUUCUAAUCGCUGUCUUCUGGGUCGAAACCAAAGGCAAGAGCUUGGAGGAAAUUGACGCAAUCUUUGACGAAACAAAGCGAUCGACGGUUCCAGACAUUGAGGACGUUCGAACCGGUAAGAUUAGUGUUGAUGUGGGCGAGAUCGAGCAGCAGCUUCAAGAUGAGAUCGGAUUAAAGGUUGAGUGAGCACCUCGUGCAGCAAGACAGCCCACAGUGUCAAGUCAUCCUUGCUGUCGAUUCGAAGUUGGUGACUAAGCCUGCUAGAAAUCUGAAUACAUUGAACCACUC